UUUUUACCAACCAUCUGCAACGACGCAACAACGUAACCUCCCUCUUCGACGACAGAAAGCAAGUCUACCUGCAUUGAAGGGUUUGCAGCACCGGAACUGGGACUGCACUUGACCCUGAGACGGUCACUGUAUGUAACAACGACUCAAAAGUACAACGUACACUAUAGAUCUCCAAUGGUACCAAAUCCGGGACACGGAGGCGAUGAGGGGGCGGGGCGCUCCCCCAAGGCGGAAGAGAUCGGUGUUCGACCUGGGCCGGCUUAUCUCGAGAAGGGUGAUAUUUUUAUGACUUUAGGGCUACCCGACAAGUUUGUUAUUGGGCUCGACACCAUGGCGGUGACUACCAGCAAGAGCCUCCAAGGGUUUCGGGACAUUCCGCCAGGCGCCCAUUUUCUCUGGUUUCAGCAGCCUAGCGGUGUAUCUCGGUGUGGCUAUUGGUUCAUCACCGAAAGCCAAGGGCAGAUGCAUAUCAAGGAGUGGAACAGGUAUGACGAGACGAUGGGAGAGCCCACGGGCCAAACGGGCGCAUCCAACGGGAGGGACGGGAUGGGAUCUAUCUACCCAACGCUACAGCCAUAUACGCUCCAUGGCCAAGGACAUCAGACGCCAGUACCAGGCGACGAAUUACCUCCAGAUUGGGCGCAAUCUCCCGGCCACCUCUGGCGCGCCUUAACCAGCGCCAUAUCAAUCCAGUCUCUGAGCAGGAUCACCGGGAAACAAGACAACCAGGACUAUCUUAUUGACUCGACGGACUCUGCGAAAGGCGCACUCCCCAGCACCAACAACGAGCUCAACUUCCUCUUCGCCCAAGACUUCCGCGACCUCCAAGUCCUCGACCUCGGCUCCGCCAAAGCCCGCGUCGCCGACACCUCGUCCCGAAUCCACGCCUUCCUAACCAACACCAACACGACCACCAACACGCCCACCAACCCAACCCCGUCACAAACCCUCCUCGCCGAGCUGCAGUUCACCUUCCUCACCGGCACGCACCUCGGCAACCCGGCCUGCCUCGAGCAGUGGUGGAACCUGGUCCUCAAGCUCGUCCUGCGCGCCCACGCCCUGGCGCUCUCCCACCCGCGCCUCGCCGCCCAGCUCCUGCGCGCCCUCCACGCCCAGCUCUUCUACACCGAGCACUACUUCGCCCCCGCCGCCGCCGCCGCCGCCGAGUCCGAGUCCGAGUCCGAGUCCGCCCUUCAAGCCGACGACGGAGCGGACCGUCACGGGCCGAGUGGUGAUAGGCCUGUCUUUGAGUACAAGCCGCUCUACUGGGGGAAGCUGCGGCUGGCGUUGGGGGAGUAUAAGGCGAGGUUGGAGGGGUUGUUGGCGGGGCUGGGUGGUGGUGUUACGCCUGAGCAGGAGGCGGUUGGCGGUGUGUUUGGGGAGCUGGAGGCGUGGCUUGGGAGGAGGGGGUGGGAGCUAGGGGGGCGGGGUGAGCUGGAGAGGGAUGGCGGCGGUGAAGGGGAUGGGUUGGUGGAUAGUGAGGAUGAGGAGGAUGAGCAGCCGGUUGUGGUGGAAUUGGAUGGGGAGGGGAGGGAGGUGGGGUUGGUUUCGUUUAGGGAUUAGUUAGGGGUGUGAUGGGAGGUGGAAGAGGGUGUUGAUGGGGUGACAGCUAGGUGUGUUGUGAUGACCGUUAGAGCUUGUUGGUUUUCGCUUGAGGCUUG